AAAUAACUAUUUAGGCCAAGGAUUCAUUACAAUCCUGUUUUGUGAUGACGAUAUCAAAAACAAAGACGAUGGCCCAACGCUUUGGCCUUUCUGCUGUGGUUUCAGCGAAGAACGAGUGCUUGCCCCCCGUGUGUGUGUGGGUACACACACCGCACACAGCGCACGCACAAAUCAAAUACAUGCUUCCAUAUAUUGAUGCUGAUAAAAGCUACAAAUUAUUUCAAAUAAUUUAGAGAAAAAAGUAGGUACUGUGUAAGAAAGAAGAAGACAAGCUCUUUCAAGGGAAAAAGAAGACGACGACUUUGCUUUGACAUCUGCUUUCGUUGUCCAUCUCAUUCAUGGAAUGGACAAUCUAGGAUUAAAUGUCUGAUCUAAACACCACCGCAACAAUAUUCUAAGAGCACAUCAAAUAAGCCUAAAAGCAAGAGCACGAAAGUACUAGAUCAUAUAAGAAGUAAACACACACAAAGAAUGAAGAGGUCACGAGUCAAGGAGAAAUAGAGGAGGGAAAGGAUGUUUUCACCAUGGGCAGCGAAGAUGAUUUUUUGCCACUUUGGGAGAGCCAAGGGCCAUUCAAUUUUGAAGAAGGGAAACCUAAAGGAAGCCUCCCAAUAUUGCAUCUCAACCCGUACAGCUGGUCCAAGGUUUCAAACAUCAUUUAUUUGGACUCUCCUUGCGGGGUUGGCAUGUCUUACUCCAAAAACCAAAGCAAAUAUAUAAACGAUGACCUGCAAACGGCUGCCGAUACCCAUAAUUUUCUCCUCCAGUGGUUUCGGCUAUAUCCAGAGUUCGUCAACAAUCAAUUUUACAUCUCGGGAGAGUCCUAUGCUGGGAUUUACGUGCCUACACUUUCUGCCGAAGUGGUGAAAGGAAUACAGGCCGGUCAAGAUCCUGUUAUCAACUUCAAGGGCUACCUGAUAGGAAAUGGAGUGUCCCGCAGCCAAUUUGAGGGGUUGAGUGCUCUUGUCCCUUUUACACAUGGGAUGGGCCUUGUCUCGGACGACAUUUUCGAGGAAGUUGAACGUGCUUGCAAAGGAAAUUAUCAAAAUGCUAGUGAUAGUUGCUAUAUUAGUAUUGAUAAAAUUGACCAAGCUCUCUCGGGGCUAAACAUUUAUGACAUCCUUGAGCCUUGUUACCACGAUCCAGCGUCCGAUCAGCAAGCAAAAGGAAACACAAGCUCAAAUUUGCCGAUUAGCUUCCAGCAAUUAGGGGCAACUGACAGGCCUCUCAAGGUGAGGAAGAGAAUGUUUGGCCGUGCAUGGCCGCUUUGGGCGUUUGAAAAGGACGGUAGUUUCCCAUCGUGGUCGGAACUUGCCUUGCAAGGAAGUGUCCCAUGUGUUAAUGACGAAGUCGCAACUACAUGGCUAAAUGACGAAUCUGUUAGGAAAGCAAUUCAUGCCGAGCCAAAAUCCAUCGCCGGACCUUGGCAAAUAUGCUCCGACCGAAUAGAUUAUGGAUACAGCGCCGGAAACAUGCUUCCAUACCAUAAAAACCUUACCGCCCAAGGAUAUCGAGCCCUUAUUUACAGUGGAGACCAUGAUAUGUGUGUGCCAUUCACUGGUACGCAAGCGUGGACAAGGUCACUUGGAUACAAGAUAAUAGAUGAAUGGAGGUCUUGGAUCUCUAACGAGCAAGUUGCCGGAUACUUGCAAGGAUAUGACAAUAACCUAACCUUUCUCACCAUCAAGGUUUGGAAACCUCAUCUCCUCACUAUAAUAAUUUUCGGAUGCACAUCAGCCACUUCAUAAUUAAGCGUUUUGCAG